AUGGCGUCCAUGCUCGAAUUCCGCACACCGGGCUUCAACCCGUACGCGGUCAAGUACUCGCCCUACUACGACUCCCGCCUCGCCGUUUCUGCCUCUGCCAACUACGGUAUAGUCGGUAAUGGCCGCCUCUUCGUCCUCGGUCUGGGUCCUGCCGGCAUCCAGCUCGAGAAGGGCUUCGACACCAACGAUGCCCUCUACGAUUUGGCCUGGUCCGAGAUCAACGAGAACCAGUUGGUAGUGGCCUGCGGCGAUGGUUCGCUCAAGCUGUUCGACCUGACCGCGCCCGGCGAUUUCCCCGUCAUGAACUUUAACGAGCACAACCGCGAGGCCUUUUCCGUUUGCUGGAACCCCAUUGCAAAAGAUAGCUUCAUCUCAAGCUCCUGGGACGGCACCAUCAAAAUCUGGUCCCCCUCACGCCCAACCUCGCUUAAAACCCUCCCCGUCGGCAAUUGCACGUACUCGGCCGCCUUCUCGCCCACCAACCCCUCCAUAAUCUCGUGCGUCUCCUCCGACUCGCACAUCCGCAUCUUCGACCUGCGCAGCCCAGUAUCUGCCAAGUACCACCUCACCACCGUGAUCCCGGCGCACGCCCCGCCACAAACCAGCGACCCGACCGCCCCGCUCCCACUCCUCUCAACCGGCCAAACCUUCGCGGGGGCGGUGCCGGCCGAGAUCCUGACGCACGACUGGAACAAGUACCGCGACACGGUGAUCGCGACGGGGGGCGUGGACCGGCUGAUCCGCACCUUCGACCUGCGCAACCCGCGCGCGGGGCCAGCUUCCGUCCUCCCGGGCCACGAGUACGCCGUGCGCCGCCUCGCGUGGAGUCCGCACGCCAGCGACGUGCUCGCCAGCGCCAGCUACGACAUGACGGUGCGCGUGUGGUCUGACGGCUCGCCCGCCCACCAGCAGCAGCCCCAGCCCCAGCCCAACACCAUCCCCGUCGGCACGCAGCUCGGCGUCAUGAACCGCCACGCCGAGUUCGCCACGGGCGUCGACUGGUGCCUGUUUGGCACCGGCGGCUGGCUGGCCUCGGCCGGCUGGGACCAGCGAGUGCUGGUGUGGGACGCCCAUACCCUGUUAAGAGGGGGGUGA